GUCGCCCACCGCGCCUCCACUCCUCCUCUGCAAUUAUAGCCAGGCCUCCUCCUUCCCCAGCCCAACGUCACUCCCUACCCCGCGUCCGCCAAGAAAACCAGCCAUGGCGACAAUGCCGCCGGACCAACAACGCGCCGCCGUGUCCGAGCCCCUGCCCCCCUGGCCAGCCUCCCUACCCUCCUCCGCCUCCUCCUCCUUCUCGGCGUCGGCGUCCUUCCCCUCCUUCUCGGCGUCCUCCUCCCCGGCCGACGCAGCGCCGACGCCGGUGCGCGCCGACUCGUCGGCGGCGUGCAAGGCGCUGGCCGUGCUGAGGGACGCGCACAGACCGGGCGCCGGCUCCGUGUCAUGCCUCUCGCUCUGCGGCGAGUUCCUGCUCAGCGCCUCCACUGGCUCCGACAUCGUCGCCUGGCAGCAGCCCGACCUCCGCCUCUUCGCGCGGUUCGGGCAUGGCGGGGAGGGCGCCGUCAAGGCUCUGGCGGCCGCCGGCGGGCGGGUGUUCUCGGCGCACGAGGACGGCCGCGUGCGCGUGUGGCGCGUGUCGCGCAGCUCCGAGAACGCGUUCAAGCUCGUCGCCGCGCUGCCCACCACCAGGGACUACCUGGGCCGCGUGUUCCGCCAGGCCAGCUACGUGCAGGCCGGGCCCCGCCGCGGCCGGCGCGGCGGGCGGCGCCUCUGGAUCGAGCACGCCGACAGCAUCUCCUGCCUCGCCGUCGCCGCGCAGGACGGCGUCGUCUACUCGGGCUCCUGGGACCGGACGCUCAAGGUGUGGCGCAUGUCCGACCUCCGGUGCCUCGAGUCCGUGCGCGCCCACGACGACGCCAUCAACGCAGUCGCCGCCGACUGCGGCGUCGUGUACUCCGCCUCCGCCGACGGCCGCGUCAAGGCGUGGGAGAGGGGCAAGGCUGGCGCCGGCGCGCACACCCUCCUGGCUGUCCUCGUCGCUCGCGAUGGUGUCUCAUGGAACGCCGUCGCGGCGAGCGGCGACGCCGGUGCCACGGGGCGGCGCGUGUACGCGGCCGGCUCUGACGGGCACGUCCUCGGAUGGGACCGGCACGGCGCGCGGUGGAGCCUCGCGUGCGACGUGAAGGCGCACGCCAUGGCCGUGUUGUGCAUGUGCGUGGCCGGCGACCUCGUGUGCACUGGCUCCGCCGACAAGACCAUCGGCUUGUGGCGCCGGCAGCCGUGCGGCGGCCUCGCCAAGGUGGGCGCCGUCGGAGGCCACGAGGGCCCCGUGAAAUGCAUCCAGGCCUCCCUGUGCAGGGCCAGCAAUGGCUAUAUGCUGUACACCGGCGGGCUCGACAAGAGCAUCAGAGUCUGGUGGGUGCCGAAUGGGGCCAACGGCGACGAGCGACCGGGAGAAACGGACGCCAAGGAUCACAGGCCCUGCGUGUUCCUGAGGUGAAGCGUGUGAUUUGUCCGGCUUGCCUAGAAGAGUGUACAUUUUUUUUCGAGAGGAUUCUUGGGUCUGUAAAAUUUACCCGAGGAAGGGUGUUGUUCAGAUUGUUUUGGGGUUUUAUAGAUUUAAAUUUUAGAGGGACACACAAACUAGUCAUAGGUUGUUGGGUGUAAAAUAGCUGUAAACUGUAAAGUAUAGCACUUAUACUCUGGUUUCUAUAUAGGUUUUGAUUUUUUUUUUGAAUGAGAAAAGUAUGGUUU